GGGUGUUUCGUGACGCACUGCGGGUGGAAUUCUUCGCUCGAGAGCAUUGCGUGUGGGGUGCCGGUGGUGGCGUUUCCGCAGUGGACAGAUCAGGGGACCAAUGCGAAGAUCAUCGAGGAGUUGUCGGAGAGUGGCGUGAGGUUGAGGGCAAAUGGUGAUGACAUUGUGGAGCGAGGGGAGAUCAAGAGAUGCCUGGAGCUUGUGAUGGAUCCCAGAGCGGAGGGGGAGAUUUUGAGGAGGAAUGUCGGAAAAUGGAAGGAGCUGGCCAAGAAAGCGACUGGAGAAGGAGGUUCUUCCCACGUCAAUAUUGGGGCUUUUGUUGAUGAGGUCUCCAAUGCGGCUGCCCUCUAGUAACCAUUACAUGAGAUUAAUUUGUUAUUUUAUGUCAUUUUGGUACCUCUGUUUUAAAAUAGUGCACUUCUUAUUUUUUAGUUUUUAGAAUGAUUUAAAUGUUAUAUCAUCUAAUGCAUAUGGAAAAGAUCGACUUGGAAAAUAUAUCA